AUGGAAAUUCACAGCUCAGCGCCAGGUUUAGAAAGCUCUUUAGUACCUGGCACAUCAAUGCAAGAUAAUUCACCUCCACCAGCAACGGCGCCACCAAAAACUUCUAGCUCAAUCAAUUGUCCAGGCUCUGAUCCAUUAGUGGAAAUUGUUUCAACAGCACUUGGCCCAAUAUAUUCACCAGUUCCUAGCACAUCACUUCAAGUUGAUUUAUCAGUCUCUAGUCUUGAUAUUCUGUCGAAACUAAUCAAGUUACCAGAGAAAACCAAUACCCACAAUACGAGACAAGGUCGCAAGAAGCAGCAUGCAUCAAUUUUAACAUCUACACCAAUAAAAGAAAGCCUAAUAGAAAAAGAAAAUAAGAAAAAGAAAACAGUCUGCCCACCCAAAGAUAAAGAUGGGGGAAAGGGAAAAAAUAUUACUAUGGACAAGGGCAAGGGCCACGGAAAGAAGACGAAAGUGCCGGAAAAGGGGACCAAAAGAGUAAAGAGAAAGGUUCUCCAGAAAUCAAACGAUACCUCUGUAUCAGACGUGGGCACAGAUGAUUUGUGUCAAGAUGAUGAACUAGAUGAUGCUGACGGCGAAGGAAAUGUAUGCUUAAUCUGCAACGAAUUUGGCAAAAAUAAUGAGGUUUGGUACAGGUGCACCUCAUGUGGUUUACGCGCUCACGCAGAUUGUACUGGGUGGGAGUCUACCAAGGACUAUAUUUGCGAUUAUUGCUAG